CAGAUUCCGAUUUGAGGUUAACUAUGUUGUUAAUCAUGAAGAUUUGUAAAAUGUAAAUACAAAUAAUUCGAUAAACUUUAGGUAAGUUAUAAAUCUACAGGUUUAUAAGAUACAAAAAUAAUACAAGUGUAACAUCAUUUAAUUUAAAAUUGUAAGAUUAUACGAAGAAAACCUUAAUAAACAUGGCAGUAUCCAAUGCAAUGACUGAAAAAGAAAUAAUCAAUGAUUUCAAAGAAAAUUAUGGUAAAGUGCGUAAAUUACUAGACGAAGACAGUAAAAAUGAUCCUGAAAACGAGCCUUAUUUGUCCAAAUACAAAGCCAAAGAGAUCCUCUCUAGCAUGCGCGAUUCACUGAAGAAAGUUAUUAAUUCCGAAUCAAAUUUGGAUCAAACCAAACUGUUGGCAAUGCAAGGAGCAGUGUUAUUAAAUGUAGGCAUCAUAGAUAUGGAGACUGAGGAUUUUGCCUCGAGUGAAAAAGUGUUAACAGAGGCUGAGGGACUCCUCAUUGAACACUCAUCAAAACCAGAGAUUGUGACCACUCUCAUCAAUGUCUAUAACAAUCUAGGUAUCCUGUGGUCCAACAGAGAUGAACCAGAAAAAGCAAAAAGUUUCCUGUUGAAAGCCAAGGAAUUGUAUGAAACUUUUAAGUGCACUUUACAAAUGCCACUGCCUAUAGAUCAUAUGGUGAGCAAUUCUGGGGAAGCAGUAGUUGGAGAUUUCAUGUUACUGGAGAAGGCCCACACACUGACAUUGUACUACUUGGCUCAGGUGUAUGGCUCUUUGAAAGAGAAUUUAAAGUCUGCCAUAUAUUGUCAUGUGACUUUAAGGAGACAGCUGCAAUAUUCUGACUUUGAACCCAUAGACUGGGCUUUGAAUUCGGCAACAUUGUCACAAUUUUUUGCUGAGCAGAAUGGGUUCUAUCAGUCACGACAUCACUUGGCUGCAGCAUCUACUAUUCUCGAUCAAUAUGAGGAGAAACUGCAUGAGAGUGUGAGUGAUGAUGAGGUGUUUCUGGCUAAACUGGAGACUCUGAGACAUCGCUCAGCCGAUGUGGCUCGCUGCUGGGCCAAGUACUGCCUGCUGCUGAUGAUGGCAUCCAAGGCCAGGCUCAUGAAUGAUGCUGAGAGGUUGACCGAAGCCAUAACAGAUAUGUCUAAUUUGACUUUAGAUGACUCAGAAAAUAUUUGUGGUGGAGACAUGAAGACAGUGACUUUUUCCAAUAUUGAUGUCUCAAAAUAUGAGAGUAAAAUAACAGACAAGUUCCUGCUGACCUACCAAGACACCCGCGGGGUCUUCCUGUGCUGUCAGACGUGGUUGAAUAAGGCUAAAGAAUAUUACAAAUUGGAUUCUUUAGCAUCAGAUUACAUAGAGCUAGUCCAGGACAGCUCCCAGUCGUACAGUUACUUAGCAUUUUUUGAAGAAGAUGACGAAAGACGUUCUAAAAUGCACAAAAGACGUAUUGACAUGCUCGAGGAUCUCAUCAAAGAGAUAAAUCCGACGUAUUACUUGCAGUAUUGUCGCCAACUCUGGUUUGAACUCGGUGAGGUAUAUUCAGAUAUUCUUAAUAUUAAACUGGAUAAACUGAACAGAACUAAAGAAAAGCCCACUCCGCACGCCUUGAAUAAAAUUAAUUUGUUGUGUGAGAAAAGUAUUGAGAAUUACGAUCACUUCUUGAACUCCGUCAAGGAUAAAAACGGGGUGUUUCCCGCCAAACUGGACUUCGAGUUGAUCAGGCCUGUUGUAAGCGCGUAUGCCUUCAUUGGCAGAAACAGCAUGAAGAGGAUUGCGGUAGAUAAACAAGUGCAAUUGAGUCACGUAAGUAAGAGUUACGAAUCAUACAAUGCAGUGGUGGAGAUCUGUUCAAAUGACCCGGACGCAGCUGCCAUGAUGCAGGAGGAGUUCAGCCUGUGCAGCGAAAUGGUCAAGAUCCUGCCCAUCAAGGUCAAGAAGCUGGAAGCUGAACUGAAUGCACAAAAUUAACAGAUAAAUAGGCUUGCAUUUAAUUGUGUGCAUAAUUUAUAAAUAUACUCAAGCUUUAUAAAUGAAAUAGUUCAAAGAAUCUAUAAAAGUGAACUGAUGAGCUGUUACUAUUACUUAAUGUCUGUUAUUUUUUUUUAUUUAUACUCUAAUUAGGGGUGGAGUCUGAAGGAUCGAUGGAUCUCUGGAAGUACCAAUCUAUUCAGAAAUCUCGGUAAAUAAAAACAAUAAAUAUUUAACAAAUCGUUGCACUUUAUUAUAAUGGCGUCUAAAUAAAGCUUUAAACAAA